AAUUCUAUUACACACUGAAACUGAUACAGCACUCGAGAGAGAGCAAACGGCUGUGUCUACUUCUCAAGCUUCUCCCAUGUCUUCCCUUCCUCUACUAUAGAUCUCAAAUACCAAUUACAGAAGCUGACCCAUUAGCAAGAAUCAUAUAUAAUCAACCAAACGUUUUCUCCAGAGCUCUUUCUAGGGUUCUUCUGCAAUUAAGAGGCAAUGUCUGUGCUGAUUGUGACGAGCUUAGGGGACAUUGUUAUUGAUUUGUACUCAGACAGAUGCCCCUUGACCGCCAAGAAUUUCUUGAAGCUUUGCAAGAUUAAGUAUUACAAUGGGUGUCUAUUUCAUACCAUUCAAAAGGAUUUUACUGCACAGACUGGCGAUCCAACAGGAACGGGGACUGGUGGUGAUUCGAUAUACAAAUUUUUAUAUGGUGAACAAGCUCGGUUUUUCAGUGAUGAGAUUCAUCUUGAUUUGAAGCAUGCCAAGACAGGCACUGUUGCCAUGGCCAGUGGUGGGGAGAAUCUUAAUGCUUCUCAGUUUUAUUUUACGCUGCGAGAGGAUCUAGACUAUCUUGAUGGGAAACACACUGUUUUUGGAGAGGUAGCAGAAGGUUUGGAAACACUGACUCGGAUUAAUGAGGCUUAUGUAGAUGAAAAAGGAAGACCCUACAAAAAUAUCAGAAUCAAACACACCUACAUUCUUGAUGAUCCUUUUGAUGAUCCUUCACAACUACCUGAGUUCAUUCCUGAGGCAUCACCAGAAGGAAAACCCAAAGAUGAGAUUGAUGUUGACGUACGACUUGAAGAUGAUUGGGUCCCUAUGGAUGAGACGUUAGGUCCACAAGAGCUUGAGGAAAUUAUACGUGCAAAGGAUGCACAUUCUAGUGCUGUUGUGCUUGAGAGUAUUGGAGAUAUACCUGAUGCUGACAUGAAGCCUCCUGAAAAUGUUCUUUUUGUUUGUAAACUGAAUCCAGUAACUGAAGAUGAGGAUUUGCAUACAAUCUUCUCACGAUUUGGGCCUGUAUCGUCGGCUGAAGUAAUCCGUGAUUUCAAAACCGGCGACAGUCUCUGUUAUGCUUUCAUAGAGUUUGAGAACAAAGAGUCAUGUGAGCAAGCAUAUUUUAAGAUGGAUAAUGCUUUGAUUGAUGACCGAAGGAUUCAUGUCGAUUUUAGUCAAAGUGUCUCUAAGUUGUGGUCACAGUACAGGCGCAAAGAACACAAAACUGGUAAAGGUAAUGGCUGUUUUAAAUGUGGUGCCGAUGAUCAUAUUGCUAAGGAUUGCACUGGGGGUACUGCAAUCCCACAGCACCAGCAGAAGUACAUCUUAAAGGACGAUAAUCCACAUCGAGGUGGAGGUGACAAGUCUAGGUAUGACAUGGUGUUUGAUGAAGACAUUCAAGAAAGUCCAAAACAGGAUAAGAGAAAUCGGAGCCAGGAUCCAGAUGAAAGAGCAGAGAAACAGAAGAUGGAAUGGCAAAAAUUGGAGGAGUCUAGGCAUAGGGAUCAAGAAAAGAGAGACUCAAGGCAUGGGCAUAGGCAGGCAGAAAAAAGUGAUAGAGACCACAGAGAUGGGGAAUUGAGACGAGAACGGGAUGGUAGAGAAGGUCGACAUGGUGGAAGUAGAAGCAGUCGAGAUUAUGUUGAAGAGCAGAACAGAGAAAAGCACAAGGAUAGGCGAAAUGAGCAAGAUGAAAAAAGGGUUGGAGAUCGAGAUUACAGUAAGAAAAGUGCUGGAAAUGGCCGCCAUGAAGAAAGAAGGGAUGAUAAAUAUCACAGAAAGGCAACCGAUGACGAUAGGCCUAUGGAACAGGGUGAGGACAGAGACUAUAGGAAGAGAAGUGCAGAUAAUGAUAGUCGAGCAGAGAGGAGGGACGUUGGAGAUUUUAAAAAGAGAAACGAGAAUCAUCGAGGCCAUAGUGACAAGAGAGACGAUAGAGACUAUAGGAAAAAUGAUGUUCAUGACCCAGGAGACGAGCGAAGGGAUAGAAAACGAGGCGCAGAUGGUGAUGGCUACAGAGACAGGAGGGAAGACAGGGAACACAAAAGGCAGGAAACAGGUAGUGCUGAUGAGCGAGACCGUGAAAGAAGGUACAGACAUGACAAAAGAAGAUGAUUGGUUCUUCCCAAAACACAAGGUGGUGACUAAAGUAGAUUAUCUUUUGUGGUCAUUGUGAAAACACUGAUUUGUUGAACCAAGUUUUGCUUUUAUGAAAAACUAUUUCCUGGCUCCA